AUGAACGUUACUUUUGAGACCAAAGAGGUUAAUGUUAAUGGCAAUCGCCAUUAUAUCCUGCUUCAAACGAACGAUGAAGAACCAAGUGCACUAGUGGCGCUAACUAAUGUGUUAUUGUUAUCACCAAGCCUAUCCAAUUUCGCACACAAUCUAAUUAAUUUAGUUGGUAGUAGGCGUUCUGUUGGUAUGUAUGAGCUUGUGGAGACCCUAGCUAACAUUGGUAUCCAAAACCCUAACGGUAUCAAUACAAAUAUUAACCAAUUGUUACAAAUCUUACCUCAAUUACAAAAUGGGUUGAUGGUUAACCCUGAAUUUAAUGGCUCUUUCGAUGAUAGUGUCGAGAUCUCCAUAUUCAGAUUAUAUAGUGUUGGAAUUGUUCAUGGUUGGAUAUUUGAUAGCAGAGCCGACCCCAUGGCUUCUGAACAUGUUUCGAAAUAUUCUUAUCAAGAAGCACAAAGAGCAAUUGUGCAAUCAUAUGAUUUGAAGAAACUAGAGCAACAACGACCAUUAAACCAAGAACAACGUGGAAUUAUUGAGGACGCUACAUACUUGAAGUCAUUUUUGGCUAGAUCUGCUUCUCAAUUCACAGAAUAUGGCCUUGAACAUUUAAAGGAAUUGUUAGUGGAAAGAUCAUUUGCUGUACUAUACAGAAACGAACAUUUUUUUACUUUAUACAAGAAUAAUGGUGAGUUAUAUACUUUGGUAAGUGAUUAUGCUCAUAAAUUGAACAAUGAUGUCGUUUGGAAAUCUUUAAAAUCAGUAAAUGGUAGCCAGGAUACAUAUCAAACUGGUUCAUUUAUCCCAGCGACAAUCAAUAAUGUCACCUCUACACCACCUUUAACCAACGAAAUAUCAAAUCCAUUUGGUGAUGAAGAUCAUCCCAAUGAUGGAGCAGCAAAUGAUGGUAAUAUGUCAAAUUUACCACAAUCAAAUGUUCCAGAAGCGGGGCAAAUUCAAGACGAUGAAGAACUGGCGAGGAUGUUGCAAGAAGAAGAAGAUAGAGCUGCUGCAGAUCGUAUGCAAGGUAUCGCUUUGAUUCAAGCAAACAGCCAACAACAACAACGUCAGAAGAAGGCAGACCAAAAGAAGUCUAAACGUAAAAGUUUCUUCCUAGGGGGGAAGAAAGAUAGAAGCAAUAAUAACGAUACUAACGUUGAAAACAAUGCUACCGCAGACGGUAGCAAUAACCCUGGUAUUCGUGAGAAUAAGAAGCACAAGAAAAAGAAAAGUUGUAUCAUUAUGUAA